AAUGAACCUUACCCCUUUUACACCCGCACCUGCCCCCCUGAAGCUGUAGGUAACACACCUACGACACCACUAAAGCAAGCAGCAACGUGCUGCGGUCAGGAACAGGAAGUCUUGGCAACUUUGAACCCCACCACCAGCACCAGCAUCCAUCAUCACCAACACCCAAAAGCUCACACCCAACCCCUCCUUCAGAUAAUAGAACUCAUCAUGGCCACGCGACCGAGUUUAUUCACCAGAGGACUCUCCUCCCUCUCCCAGAGCACCGACGCCAACUCCCCCAGCGUCAGCUCGCCCGCCGAGCAACGAGACGAUGCGAAGCGCAACUUAUUCAAGACCAUGCGCCCGCUGCCCACCCAGCAUUACUGGAACGUCUAUUUCGAUAGACAAGCUAAGGAACAGAAGAAGGACGAUGACAGCGCCUACCAAGCCUCGCUCGAGCAGCUAGGCACGCAGAUCGAGUCGGUCCAGGAUUUCUGGCGCUACAAUAACAACACCCCCGUCGACCAGAUCAAGAUGCGCGAGUCCAUCUAUCUAUUCAAGAGCGGCUUCAAACCCAUCUGGGAAGACCGUCGCAACGUGCUCGGCGGCAGCUGGACCUUCCGCGUGCCUAAGAGCUCCGGACCGGACUUCUGGACCCGCGUGCAGCUGAUGGCCAUCGGCGAGAAACUACAGGAGGCCGUCGAAGAGGGAGACACCAUCUGUGGCGUCGGUCUAUCCGUCCGCUUCAACUCGCACCUCAUUUCCAUCUGGCACCGCGACGCGUCGAAGAAGAAGUCGAUCGAGAAUAUACUCCAGGCUGUCCUUGACGACCUACCCCCUGAGCUGACGCCGAAGUCCGAUAACUACUUCUACAAGAAGCACUCCGACCACCCCGGCUUCAACCCGCCCCCGGAGCUGCAGGCCGUCCUGGAUUCCCAGAAGAAGGCUCAAGAGGCUGCGGCGGCGGCGACGAAUGAUAACGUCAAGGUUACGCCGGCUGAGUAGAUGUCUCCGUAGCAGGAGGGUUAGUAACGGAACAGUUUGAAUCAUGAGCGCAGAGUAUGCUCAGGUCGAUACUCUGCGGGAAUCUAUGCAUGUGCAUCGGGCGAAUAUCGGAGGGAUUCAGUUGCGCGGUUGAUGAUGUCUCUAGUCUCCUUUCCACUAUUCAAGGCAAGGCGAGGUUUUUGCAUUUUUCUCGGGCGUUUGCUGCGGAUAUGCAUGAGUGCCGGAUCUUCUCGAGGACAUUAGAUCUUAGAUUAGGUGCUGAUACGAUGGAAUUGAAGUCUCAUGGAUCAAUGGAAUGACAAUAGUUUUAAGGGUAUUCGUUGUCGUGAUAUGAUUUUGGGGCGUUAAUGGAAGGUCGUGAUGUUCAUGCUCACUAAGACGAUAUAUUUGAUUUUACAGUCAACCAAAG